AUGCGAUUUGCUACCGCCUUUGCCGUUCUCGCCGCCGUUGCGGCUAGUAACUGCCGCCGCUGCCCCCACCGGCCAGCUGCCAGCCUUUCCGUCUCUGGCCCUCCUCCUUCCGGCACCGGUGCCCCUCCCCCUCCCCCCUCUGGUGCUCCCCAACAGAGGCGAGCGAACAACGCUGCUCCUGCCGGGCAGGAGUCUGCCAGUCUCUCCUUCUCUGGACCUCCUCCUUCUGGUUCUGCGCCUGCCGGUCCUCCUCCUUCUGGCGCGCCUCAGCAGAAGCGACAGGAUGCUCCCUCUGGUUCUUCCCCUGCUGGCCCGCCUCCUUCUGGCGCGCCUCAGCAAAAGCGACAGGACGCUCCCUCCGGCUCUGCCCCCGCUGGCCUGCCUCCUUCUGGAUCUGCCCCUGCCGGUCCUCCUCCCUCUGGCGCCGCGCAAUCCGGUGGCCCUAUUAGCCAGUCUGCUUAA